AUGCGGUGGCAGGGUGUGUGUGGCAAGCUCGGCCUCACGGUGGUCCUCGUGUUGACGAUUGGCGGCCCAUGGCUGGCCGCAGGCCGCACGACGGCGACGUUGGCCGCCUUCAACAUCCAGGUCUUUGGCGAGACCAAGGCCAGCAAGCCCGAUGUGAUGGCGGACAUCGUCUCCAUCUGCCACAACUUUGACUUUGUGGCCAUUCAAGAGAUCCGGGACGCCUCCAGCGAGGCCCUGGCCACGCUCAUGGACGCGCUCAAUGAAAAUCAACCGACCGCUCUGCAAUACAUCAACAUUACGGGCCCGCGCGAAGGCACGACGAGCAGCAAGGAGCAGUAUGCUUUUGUGUAUCGCCCUGCCCGGAUCCGCGUGCAUGAUGCCUUUGCUCUCAACAUGUCCGAGACCUUUGAACGGCCUCCGAUGGCUGCGAUCGUGGAAGUGCUGACCCCGGGAAGCAGCAACCGCAGCUCAACGCCUGCUGCGCUGCGAGGCGAAGCACCGCUGAUUACACCAGGUGGCCCCUCGUCGCCCCGGUACCCGGUCACCAGCAGUCUUGCCUCCUCUGCUGGCCUCUUCCAGGUUUUGGUUCUGCAUGCCAAGCCAAGCUCUGACGCCACCUAUCUUGAGCUUUCGGCGCUGGAUCAAGCCCGCCAGAUUGCCACCCAAUAUGCCGGAGUUGAGCCCACCGUUCUGGCGGGUGACUUUAAUGCCGGCUGCUCCUACCUGCCGGCCGAUAAGGAAGCGGAGGUCACCAUCUUCAAGAGCCCCUAUACCGUGCUCAUCAACGACAGCGCCGACACCACCUCCACAAACUCGGUGUGCCCCUACGAUCGAAUCGUCACCUUUGGCAACAUUGGUAGCCGCAUUCUGCAAUCUGGUAUCAUUAAUACCGAGGCCGCUCCCUUUAACUUUGAUCAAGAGCGAGCAGAGGCCGUGAGUGAUCACUACCCCAUCGCCUACGAGGUCGCUGCUGCCACCACUACGAGCGAUGACAACCCAGCGGUGGACCAGCCCAAAAUUGUUCAUCUAGCCCCGCAAGCCAAGACGGAUGCCCCGCGCCGACAGACGGCGCGCAUGGUUCCACCCUUGCGAUGAGCCAGCAGCGCUAUGCCAGCUUAGCAUUGC